AGAAAAAUGGACCCAAUGCAAGCGAGGCCAAAUCAUCCUGCCGGCUAUCAAAGCAGACCACAAGCUCCACCAAGGAUCCCACAUGAAUUCGCGACUAGUCUGUAUAACAGAAUGUUCCAGACAGAUAUUUUGCUAGCGGGCUAUUCUUCAGCUAAAAUAGACUAUAAUGAGGAAGAGAUAGACUUGCUGCAACGAUGAGAUAACGAAAUUAGAAACCCUGCAGCUGUUUUGGAGGAUCCUUCAAGCCAAGAACCAGAGAAAUUCAAUGAGAAUAUUGCAGUCUUGGAGGAACUCCAUGAUCAUGAGUUUAUUGAGGAUAAAGAAUUUGAACCUCUCAAGGAAUACCUCAAGACUGAUAAGAGCAUCAGGAUGAGCGAUGGGAUUGAAAAGGAUCUCUUCUAUAACCUCAAGAUUGUAAAGAUGCACAAUAUUCUGUGAACCGAGAUGCUCAAACACAAAAUGAAGGAGGAAUUCAAGAAGAAAAGGAUGGAAAAGGAGCUAAGAACCUUCGAUAAAUACUCGAAAGACUUCAUCUACGCAAAGAUGAAGAUUAGAGAAGCAAAAGGCAAGCAGAAGAGCAUCGAAGACCAGAUUAUUGAUGAAAGCGAAGUUGGGUACAACAAUAAUUCCUUCAGUAAAAGUUCAAGUGACAGGAAAAGGAACCCAGCUAGGAGGACCAGGAAUGCUUCAAGGAGAGGCAAUUCCGAUAAUAACAUCUACAAAGAGCUCUCCGAGGAUGACCUUUCUUAGCCCAGUUCU